AUGGAUGACGUCGCCGAUCUCGUUGUCACGCCUUUCCGUGACAUUGUCGACAAGGGCCGCACAGCUGUUGAGAAUGCCGGCGACGACAAGGUCAUGCUCAAGGCUGCUCAGAGCCUCGUCAAGGAAGGCGAGCGAGCCCUCAAGAGAAUCGAGCCGCUCUGUCGUAAGCACCUUGACGAAUACGGCUCCAAUUUCCUCGACGCCCUCAAGGAGAAUGACGACAUCGCCAACUUCCGUUCAGAAUUGACCGAAUUGCUGUGGGAGUUUGACGACUAUAUCGAGCUCGAAGACUUUGAACCCGAAAAGUUUGCCGAGCUGCAAGGCCUUUCGCGAAAGGCGGCCCCCAAGAUCUACGACAUCCUAAUGCGCAUGAAGCUUGAGGUGCCUAUCGACCAUGAUACCCGUUCCAUCAUGACACGCCUUUCCGGCCCGCAAUCACGUCCAAUCUCUCCAGACGCUCCUCCAAUCCCACCACUAUUUCCAUUCUCCGACAUGAGAAAGGAUUCAGCUUCUCCCGCCAGCGUCCAACGCAGCGCUCCCGAGUCUGUCGCCGACUCCCGCUCCGUCCAUGACCCCCCAACCGUCGAAGCAGCUACAGCCCAACUACGGCAUCUGAUGCAGACGCAAUCCGGCCCAGACGAGGGCCUCUAUGCCAAUAUUCCAGAGUCACUCAAGCCUGGGCCUCCGCAAGGGCCGCCGCCCAUGGAGCCGCCUCCAAGACCUCCCUCGGCGAAUCCGUGGGACGUCAAGACUCCGCCGCAGCACCGGGAGCAACGCUUCCCAGACGACUUUUCGUUCGAGAGGAGGGCACCUGUGGCACCGGUCGAAUCCCCAAUCGAGCCAAUUUCGCCGCCUCUCAGCCCGCAGCGGGCUAGAGAGUCCCCGACAUCUCGACCACGACCUCUAUACAUGGGCUCAGACCGGUCAUCCCAAAUCAGUAACGAUUCGAGACUCAGUCCAACAGGUGCCGAGCCCUCAUCGUAUGAGAGGACCUAUAGCAUCUUCCCUACUCCUCGAGGCCGAUAUUCAAACUCCAACUCCAUCAUGUCCACUUCCAUUCCCGAGGACGUUGCGUCGGAUAGAUCCAGCGCAGGUUACAUCGCUCAGCUAUCAUCGAGGCUCCCCCCACCUCGAACUCAUUCGCUGCCAAAGUCUCGUCCAGAGUCAGUCGAGACCAACCAGAGCUCCGUCUUUGACCCUGCUAGAACCGACGGAGUCAACACCCCCCUUACAGAGCACCGAGGGUCUGCUGUUUCGGCUGCUGACUCGAGCCCAACUCUCGGUUCUUCUGAAUUAAGCACUCUCCCGCUCAAAGCUCCUCCGGUGAACAACUACCAAGGCAUGAUCGAGCCGCCUCAGGCCGUGCGGAUGCCUGAAAUCGACAAUCUUCCUAUUCCUGUCGAGACUGAGACACCUAUACCCGAGCACCCUCCGAACCCGUUUGCCGUUGAUUGCAAGCUCAACCCUCAGAGUUCAUUCUAUACUCACAAGGGGUUCUGCGAUGGCGCAAAGGAGAUUCUGAACGGAGGAGCUGGUGUCAAGAAGACGGUCAAGGCUGGCUUCGCUUCUGCUGCUUCCAUUGCAAAGUGUGUCAAGUGUCACUUUGAACUUGACUUUAACGAAAUUGACUUGGACGUCAACAAAGCAGCACGCGGCAACUUUAUCAAGAAUGGCAUUGGUUACCGUAUCCGGUUCCUCCAGAAAAGCCAUCUGCCAACACGACGCUCUGACGAUGUCAUGUAUGGAUGCAUCUUUUGCAUUCACCAAGGCCGAACUCUUCACGCCAGUGACGCAACAGUCUUUGUCUCCCAAAAGGCCCUGUUUGCCCACUUGGCUCGUCACCCAAGACCUCUACCAGCUGUUCCCGGAUUCACUGUCAUUGAAGAGGCCGAAGUGCCAGAUCGAUAUCGAAAUGACUAUGACCUUCACUUCAAGAGCCCUGUCGAAACACAUCCCGUAGUGGAAAAGUCAAACGAGAUCUGCAACAUGCCUACGGCUACGUCCAAGGAGGCGGCACGUAGGAUGUACGGUCAGAGGCUCUUGUAUGAUCGGACGCCUGCUCUUGAGAUGGUACAAGGGGCGAGAAUCACCGGCAUCGAGUGGCCAGCAAAAUACCUGGGAGAGUGGUGCAUGGGCUACCAUGAUGCUGUCUACGCCUCUGUGCCGUUUGAGAUAAUGAGGCUCGACCCUCCAUCUCCCGAGAAUAUCAAGAUGGACGGGACCAGCCCAACCCAAGUCACGGCGAGGUGGAGGUUCAACGUCAAGGACAAGACAAAGGGUGAUUGGCUCAAGUUUGAGAAGGACGAGGUCAUCACCAAUAUCAGCUAUCCGUAUCAGGAGUUUUGGUGCUGGUCUGGAACAAACCAGAAAGGCAAAUGGGGAAUAUUUCCACAAGCCUUUAUCGAUAUUGGUACGCUGAGAGACUUCGGCGUUGGUUCCGAUCGAGCGAGCGUUAUUAGUAGCGAGAAGAACAAGCCCACGGGCGGUGUCUUGUCCCGAUUCUCAACUCGCAAGUCGGGACGAUCUGGGAGAAGAAGCAGUGUAGCAGGCUCGGUGGGAAGUAACGAGAUACUACCCCCUCCGACACCAGUACCCGGAAUGUACGGACGCGAGUGA